AUGGAGGGCCUUUUUUUCAACAUCAACUACGGCUUUGUUGAAGGCGUAGUGCGGGGCUACAGAAACGGUCUCUUGACUCUGUCCCAGUAUGCCAACUUGACCCAGUGUGACUCUCUUCAAGACUUGAAGUUACAGCUAUCUGCCACAGACUAUGGCAACUUUUUGGCCAACUACGGUGGUCCUCUCUCGACUUCAGUGAUGCAGGAGAAGCUUUCAGGCAAAAUGUACCAGCAGUUCCAGUAUUUGCGUAGCCAGAGCUCAGGCACCUUGACCAAGUUCUUGGAUUUUAUCUGCUACGGAUACAUGAUUGACAAUGUUUCUUUGAUGAUCACAGGUACUCUCCACGAUAGAGACUGCUCGGAGAUCUUGCCCAAGUGUCACCCUUUGGGGUGGUUUGAGACGUUGCCCACGUUGUCGAUUGCCACUGACAUUGAGUCUCUCUACGAUACAGUGUUGAUUGACACGCCAUUGGCGCCCUUCUUCAAGGACUGCUUGACUAUCGAUGACUUGGACGACUUGAAUAUUGAAAUCAUCAGAAACAGAUUGUACAGAAACUAUAUCGAGGCGUUUGUGGAGUUUGUUGAUCGCGAGCUCUCGGGCCCAGAUAAGGAGAUCAUGACCCGGUUGUUGAACUUUGAAGCCGACAAGAGAGUGAUCAACAUCGCAUUAAACUCUCUCAACAACCCAGACUUGACCCCUGAGGAUAAACUCUCGUUGUUCCCCUCAUACGGCAAGUUGUACCCUACAUACCACAACCAGCUCUCCACAGCAGAAGAUGUAGAGCAGGUGAAGAGCAUUGUGGAGCAGAUAGGAGAGUACAAGGAAUUGUUUAGCGAUGCACAGAGCGGCGGGCAAAAGAACAUCGAAGACUGGUUCUACUACUUAGAGAUGCAAUACAACAAAAACGCCUUCACUCAGCAGUUCACCUUGUCGAGCGUGUGGGCGUGGUUGCGUUCCAAAGAGCAGGAGGUGCGUAACAUCACCUGGAUAGCCGAGUGCAUCGCCCAGAACCAGAAGAACAGAAUCGACAACUACAUCGCAGUUUACUGA